GGGGUCGGGCAGCAGCGAACAUGGAGGUUUAAUCGUCGUCUAAUGGCCGCUGAGGAAGGAGAGCUUUGCUGAAUUGCUUUUAGUUUAUCGUUUCUAAGUUAAACUUUUUAUCCACUUUAUUCGGCCUUCAUCAUGGAGAUGAAGAAGAGAAUCAGCCUGGAGCUGAGGAACCGGAGUCCUGCAGAGGUGAGGGAGCUGGUGGUGGACAGCUGCCGCUCGGCGGACGGGGAGGUGGAGGGCGUGACGGAGGAGUUCUCUGCGCUGGAGGUCCUCAGCAUGGUGAACGUCGGUCUCGGCUCGCUGGCCAAGCUGCCGGUGCUGCCCAAGCUCAGGAAGCUGGAGGUGAGCGAUAACUCCAUCUCUGGAGGUCUGGACGCGCUGGCGGAGAAAUGCCCCAACCUGAGCUACCUGAACCUGAGCGGCAACCACAUCAAGGAGCUGAGCAGCCUGCAGCCGCUGCAGAACCUGAAGAACCUGAAGAGUUUGGACCUGUACAGCUGCGGCGUGACGGCGGCCGAUGGUUACCGGGACGCCGUGUUCCGCCUGCUGCCGCAGGUCGUCUACCUGGACGGCUUCGACCCGGACGACAACGAGGUGCCCGAGUCCAACGGUGAGUUCUGGUUCCGGUCCGGUCCGGUGCUUCUGGUUCUGUGUGUGACGCCGCGCUGUUCUGUCCCAGAUGAGGAUGAUGAAGCUGGACCGCCUGGAGACGAGGAUGAAGAUGAAGAUGAGGAGGAAGGUUCUGAGGUGGGGCUGUCCUACCUGAUGAAGGAGGGAAUCCAGGACGAGGAAGAUGAUGGAGACUAUGUGGAGGAAGAGGAAGAUGAUGAGGAGGAGGAGGAAGACGGAGAGGAUGAUGAUGCUCCGGCUCAGGGAGAGAAGAGGAAGAGGGACGCAGACGAUGAAGGUGACGAUGAUGAUGACGAGUAGAGGAGACACCUGGCCCCGCCCCUACUUAUUGACCCCUCCCCCUGCUGGGCGUGGCCUCGGAGACGUGGAGGAGCAGGAAGCCCUGUUACCAUGGUGAUGAUGAAGAUCCUCCAGUUUUAAUCAUGAACAGAACCAGAACCAUCACUGGUUCUGACCCGGAUCAGAACCAGCAUCGGUUCUGCUCCAGUGGUCCGGUUCAAUCAGCCUGACCUCCCAGUGGGAGACUCCAUUACCCAUGAUGCCCAGCGCCUCCUGCAGCGCUGCGCUCUGAUUGGACGCCUCUCUGUGACUCUAUCUGACUGUUCCUGUUGGCCCCGCCCCCAGCCCCGCCCCUCCCUGUGUAAAUAGACGUGGCAGUCCUGUAGGUUCUGGUGUUGUCUCGACUUCUUUGACCCGAUUUUAUUUUUUUAUUCCUGUCUUGACCUGAUGGUGGCGCUGUAACCGCAGAGAGUUUUUGAAUAAAACCACUGAAACCAAA